AAACUGUUAAAACUAUUAUUUUUAAUAUAAAUAACUUUAGGGUUUAACUUGUAAACGAAGCGGUCUAGAUCGCAUUGAAAUAUAAGCAAUGCAAUCUGUUGAGUUAUUUUAGUUUCAAUGUAUAUGCGUAAAAGAUCGGACAGUAGCUGUGAUAAUAUAUAAAUAAAUAAUUUAAUUUAAUAAUCAUUUUUUUAAGAUGAAGGUGACAAGUUCGUUUGUAACUAUAAUACUCAGCAGUUUUUUCUGUUUAACCAUAGCAGAAUAUAAUACAAAUAGAAUAAAAACAGAAGUAGAUCUCGUUAUAGAAGGACUUGUAGAUCAAGAAUGGAAUCCUGAUGAAAAACCUUGCUUGGACCAGACGCUGUUCAUAUUGAACAAUGCUAAGAAUUACACUGUAUGGGCUGUUUGGAUUUGGAACUCCAUGCAACAUCCAGUCGGUAGUUUCUACGGAUCCAAAUACAGUUUUGGUAACUAUGAUCAAUGUCUAAAAGCACCGUCGAAUUUUGGAGAACCCAAAAUUGUAACUCAGUAUUGCCUUACUGAUGUUAAACUGACGGAUGGCAAAGUUAAAGCUUAUGAGAAUCCUGAUAUUUUUGGACCAUCUGAAGAUUUUUUGAAUAUUAAAUCCGAGGUAGGCAGAAGAUCUGACUCCAUAUCUUGGGGUAGCUGCCUACCAGCUACAUGUAGCCAUGAUGCUGUUUCCAAAAUCAUGAAGAGCAUAUACCUGGUGAAUCCUAUCACUUCUGUAGACCCUGAGAUAACUGUGGACUAUUGUGAAGUUGGUGGGGUUAAGACUCAAUAUAGUCUGAAGUUUUAUGUGUUCAUAACCACAAUAUUAUCUUUAGUAAUAGCAGCAGUAGCGUCAACAUUAUAUCUGGAAUAUGACAAUGCAGAUUCAAGACUUCGAAGAAUAGCUUAUUCCUUCAGCCUCAAAAGGAACUGGUCUUCAUUUGUCCGAAUUACGGAUGAUGAAAUACCUGUUCUCAGUUUCACGAAGGCCGUGGUAUUGUCCUUCACGACAAUUGUCCAUGUUUUCGUGUUUAUCGUCGCUGGAUCUAUCAGUAAUGGACAUGAUUAUGAUCAACUUCUAACAAUAAAAGACAAUACUUUUGGCAACACAUUCCAACAUUUAGAUUUGCCAGCAGUAGAGAACUUCUUCGUCAUAUCAGGAUUGCUACUAAUGAAAGGAUUGAUGGAGAAGAAGAAGAAUCCUGUUAUCACACUAAUACAGCGUUAUGUAAGAUUAAUAGGCUCAUUCACCGUAUUAAUAUUCUACACGAUCGCUGCAUCCGAGUAUGUCGGAGACGGCCCUCUUUGGAAGCGACUCGUUGGAAGGGAACAGACAAAGUGCACAAAAACUUGGCCCAUAGCCUUGUUGAUGCUUGGCAAUUACGUUGACAGUGAUAAUAUUUGCCAGCAAGUCUCCUGGUACAUUCCUGCUGACUACCACUUAGCUGUCAUGGGGACUAUACUAUUCUGCGUCUGGCAAUGGAACAAGAAGAUUGGCAAAAUUGUCACUACCAUCGCUGUAAUAUUCUCUAUCGUAAUAACUGGUAUUACCACUUAUACGAAAAAAUUGCCCGGAAUCCUGCUUUACGAUAUCGAAACCCUCAUACAUGUAAGAUUAAACGUGGUCUAUACUGACACCUAUAUGAAGAGCCAUCACAGAGCUGGUUCCUACUUCCUUGGCAUGGCUAUGGGUUAUAUUAUUACUGUAUACCGCCCUAACAAGUAUAGGGGUAUUAUUUCUAAGGAGUGUUCCUACCUAGGCCUUGCAGCAGCUUUCAUGUUAAGCCUGAAGGUACUAUCAGCGGCCCCAGAGUGGUGCCUUGGGGAAUACAAUGCCUGGAACUCGGCAGUUUACGCAGCGUUAAACAGAAAUCUAUGGGCUUUAGCCACUUGCAUUUGUAUCGCCAUCACCGAGUAUGGAGAUGUCCAAAUCCUUCGAAAAAUGAUGUCUUGGCCAGGUUACACGAUUCUCAGCCGGUUGGCGUACGGCGUCUACAUAACGCAUUCUCUCCUUCUAGAACGGUUCCUAUUUUCACAAAGGAAUCCUAUGCACUACGACAUGUUUAAUCUGAUACUAAACGGUAUAGGAAUACUGGCAACAUCGGCCGUACUAUCGGUAGCAAUGUGGCUGUUUGUGGAGUCUCCUCUCAGCAACUUGGCUAAUCUUGUGCUGAACCCUGUAAAGAAGCAGACUUCCAAUGGAAUUGAAAACAAAAAGGAAACCAAUGGACAAACGAAGAUUAUAGACUUAAAACAUACAAAGGCAUUGUAAUAUAAAAAGAAUCGUUUGAUCUUGUUACUGAAAUAGACCUAGUUAUUUAUGUGGAUUUUAAUUUAAUAGAUCUUGAUGUACUCUGAGAAGUUAAAGAACGAAUAAAAUAACUUAAUUUAAAGAUUGAUGAUAAACCAAUUCUCUCUCUCGUCUGCAGGCCAUUAUCUAGGCUAAUAAAUAAAUAAAUACACUUUUUGAUAGUUAA